AUGAAUUAUUUUAGGAGGAAUAGUGAAGAGGGGUCAAAGGUUUUUGAUAAGGAGAAGAAGUUGACACAGAUAGGAAGGACACCGUCUAGUUUCUUUAAAAAUCCAAAUGCAACGAUGGAGACUUGAAUCAAUUCAUAUGAUGUCAAAAAUAUCAACCUGAAGAAAACAAAAAUAAACUCAAUAGAGCGAGGUCCAAACUCAAAGAUUUUCGAUAAGGAAUUUUCGAUGAGGAGAUUCUCGAGGAAACCUAUCCAGACUCUUGAGAAUACAAAGAGAGAGCCUUCCAAUACUCAGAAAGCAUACAAUAACUUAUCUUUGCCUCAUUUUAGGAUGAAAUUGCCUAAAAAUAAGCAUGAUAAGCUUUCUCAAGUUAUUAAGAACAGGAUCCGUCAAAAUACAACAGAUGUCAGAGAUAAAGCCAAACAAGAAAUAUCAGAAAUGCUACAUUCCAACAAAUUCCGAAAUAAUAUUAGCAGGCCUAAGAAGAAUAAGACCGUUAUUCAUCAGCCAUCUGCUGAAGAAAUCCAGAAAAUAAACAUUAACGAUCUAACUGAGAUUAAAAAGACGAAAAAUCCACAAAAUUUCCAAUGAAUAUAAAAGAAGCAGCUCUUAAUGAGAUAAAAACUGUGAAGAAUAGCCCUACAGGUCUGAAAAGAAACUUUCCUGAUGUUAAAAAUACAAAUGUAGAUUUAUCACUUGGGAAAUUAAUAGCGAAGGCAUCUCCACAAAAUAGCAUAAAGACACAGCUUAAAUAACUACAUGCUUGGAGCUAUAAGCCCGAGCAUUAAUCUGAAUAAGAUUAGGUACACUAAGGAGCAAGUGAAAAGAGAGAUUGAGAGAAGUUUUAACAGGCCUAUUACGCCUACUUCUGAAGCACCCUCUCCUGAAAAAUAGCAAACUUUGUUUCAGUAAACCAUGCUUAGCCAAUGACUCAACAAGUUUGAAGUUCAAAGCUAAAAGAAAGUUUAAUUACUCAGUGGAAAAUAUCAAAGGAAGAAGGAUAAAUGAGUAUGGAUAUGCCUUGCCGAAAGUAGCCCCUGACAGACUUGCCUUGCUAAGACCCUAUAGUGAUGUGAAAAUAGCCUAUAACUCAACACCAAAGCCUGUGGCACAGAAGAAAUUUAUUCAUCACAGUAUUGAUAAGCAGAGUUUAAGCUCUUAUGUGAAGGAGGAGUUCAAGAGUAUUAUUAAAUAAGUUUGGAGUCGCUACUCAAGCUGGUUUUAAUCCAGUAAAUCCAUUGAAGUUAAACCAAGAUUCCUUCCUGAUUACUGAGAUAAACAAUAAGAAAGAGAUACUUGACGUUUUCGGUGUCUUUGACGGUCAUGGUCCUGAAGGACUCAGCGUCAGCAGCUUCUGUAAAGCCAAAAUUCCAGCAAUUCUCAAGAAAUUUCAUGAAAAGAACUUGAAAAUAACUGAAAUCUUGAAAUAAAUCUGUGAAGAAGGUUGAAAAAGAGCUAUCUAAAACUAAUAUUGACUUGCAAAAUAGUGGGUCUACUUCAUGAUUUGUGGUUGUUAAAGAAAACCUAUUAUAUUUCGCAAAUACGGGAGAUUCAAGAGCAGUGUUCUUUCAGUUUAAGGAAUCAACGAUCAAAGUGCCAAGAAAAGCAGAGAAGGAAGAUGAGUCUUUAGAUAAUCUUGUGUCAGUGUUUAGUACCACUGACCAUACUCCCGAAAUUGUGAGUGAGAAGAAUAGAAUUUUGGAGCAUGGAGGGAGAAUUUCGAGGUACCAGAAAGAUUUAGGACCCCUAAGAGUAUGGUUGAAGAAUGAGAAUGCUCCAGGUCUUGCAAUGACAAGAUCUCUUGGAGAUAGCCUUGCCAAAUCUGUAGGAGUAAUUUGAAACCCUGAAAUCGAAAUCCAAACACUUUCCCAAAAAUACGGCAUUCUUGUCAUAGGCAGUGAUGGACUCUUCCAAUACCUCAAAAUCAAAGAAAUAGCUGCACUAAUCUGGAAACACCGAAACAAACCCGCUAACGAGGUCUCCCAAAUCCUCGUUCAAGAGUCCAUUCAGCGAUGGAAACAACACGAAACCUGCAUCGACGACUGUACAUGCAUAAUCAUCUACAUGUCUACCUAAAAUUCCCCAAUCUUGCUUCCCAAAUCCUAAAUUCCCAUCCCUCUGCAGUACCCAAAGUUCCU